UCAAUUUUUUAUAAUACAGAUAAUUAUUCAAAGACCGACUUGCUUCGAUAAAAUCAUGCUGUUUACCAUUAUCAAGCCGCAGCAAAAAACAGAACCAUUUAUAAUUCCUGGUAAAACAUAGUGGAAUGGUAAAACAUAGUAGAAAUGGAGGAAUGGGAUAGACACUUUAGGAGGUUAUUAGGGGGAGUGGAAUGGAUGGUGAUCAGAGGGAGGGGAAGAAAUGAGGAAAGGGGAGAGGAGAGGGGAAUAGAAAGGAAGGAGGCAGGUACGAAUCCCGUUGAAAAAACUAGUCAUCUUUUGAAGCUAUCCACGAAUCGAUCCAAUUUCUUGCUUCUUCAUAAGACCGGAAGUGCUAGUCAACCAGGCCAUGUGCCAUUGAUCGAAACAAGUGAUAGUCAGAGGGAGCAACAUCUGAAGAAUACGGCGGGUGGGUACAACUUCCUAUUUCAACGUUUCCAACUAGACGGGAACACGCAGCCUGGAGAGUACCAUCACCGCGCACAGUCUGCUGCCCUACGCCGUCAUUUGGAAAUAACUCUGCAAAUGUUAGAAUAA